AUGAUGGCGGAGGAACCAGCGAAUUCCAAUAAUGCUCAAGAACCUACACCCGAACCGAAUCAGAACUCCGUCGAAGCUACAAUCGAAUCCGGCGUCGAUUUCGGAGCCACCGAGUCCACUUGCAACAACAACGAUGCCGAAAGUUCCGUGGUAAAUUCCGAUGGUGACUUUAAGAAGUCUUUGGAAUACGCGGAUGAGUUGAUGGUUCGAGGCUCAAAAGCCGCUCAGGACCGUGAUUAUGCCGAAGCCACUGAGUGCUACAGCCGUGCUUUGGAAAUCAGGGUUGCUCAUUAUGGUGAACUUGCUGCUGAAUGUAUCCAAUCUUACUAUAAAUAUGGAUGUGCCCUGCUGUACAAAGCUCAAGAAGAAGCUGAUCCAUUAGCUGCUAUGCCCAGAAAAGAGGGUGCGUCCCAUGAAGAUUCCAACGUAGAUGGAUCUGUCAAGAGUACGAUAAAUGGUGAACCUUCUGCUGCCUCCGUUCCCAAUGAUGAUGAACAAGGUGGUAGCUCAAAUAAUUUGGAUGAAGCUGCAGAUAAUGCUAUGGAUAGGAAAGACAAAGAAGAAGGAGAAGUUGAGGAAGAAAGUGAUGAUGAGGACCUUGCUGAUGGAAAUGAGGAUGAAUCUGACUUGGAUUUAGCAUGGAAGAUGCUAGAUAUUUCUAGGGCAAUUGUUGAAAAGCACUCAGGAGAUACAAUGGAAAAGGUGGAUAUAUUGUCAGCUUUAGCUGAGGUAGCUCUGGAAAGAGAGGAUGUCGAAACCUCACUUAGUGACUACUUGAAAGCAUUGUCCAUUUUGGAGCGACUAGUUGAACCAGACAGUCGACUUAUAGCUGAACUAAAUUUUAGGAUAUGCUUGUGCUUGGAAAUUGGUUCUAAACCUGAGGAAGCUAUUCCAUAUUGCCAAAAGGCUAUUUCAGUUUGCAAGUCUCGUGUGCAGCGACUUGUGAAUGAGGCAAAGAACUUGUCAGGAUCAGCAGAAACACCAGCUGCUUCUGUAUCAAGCCAAAGUAUUCAACUGUCUUCCAAUACGUCGGGUGAUUCUCUGGCGGACAAAGAAACAGAAAUCGAAACACUGGCUGGUCUGUCUGGUGAGCUGGAAAAGAAGCUUGAAGAUCUUCACCAGCUUGUCUCAAACCCAACAUCUAUCCUCUCAGAUAUCCUGGGAAUGGUGUCUGCAAAGGUGAGGGGCGCUGAGAAAAAUGCUCUUUCUAUUGCGUCGGGCACCUCACAAACGGGUAAUGCCAUUGGUGGAGCUAUUGAGUCACCAACCGUUUCUACUGCACACACAAAUGGGGCUGCUCCAGUAACACAUCUGGGAGUCGUGGGAAGAGGAGUCAAGCGAGUUGUGAUGAACUCAGGCACGGAAGAGUCUAGUGCAUCCAAGAAACCUUGUGUUGAUCCAUCACCAAACAGUGGUGAGGGCAGUGACCCUUGA